CCAUCAGUAGUUCAUUCAUCUUUGCCACUCUGUGUUUGUAUCUAGGUAGGUAGGUAGGUAGCUAGUCCACUCAGUCUUGAGUACUCUUGGUUGGGCAGCUGCUGGGCGAUGAGCAUGGAACCAUGGUCAUGGGUGGUAACUUGCGACCCGGGUUGUUGGUCCAUGGAAGAAACAGCAGCUGCGUGCAGUAGUGAUAAUAGGAUUAGCUUCCAAACAUCCUUGCCUAGCCAUAGUGAUAGCGGAAUGCAGCUGCAGGUGGUUGAGUAUGCAGCCACAGCCACAGCCACAGCCACGCACGAUAUCUGUAGUGAGACGGUCCAAGUGUUCGAGGAAGUAACACAAGUGUUCAAUGAUAACUAUCUUGUCAUUAUGAAAGAUAAGAUGCACAAGUUCCCUCCAAGCCUGGGAGAUGUCCCCGACUGGUGGAAGGUGCCGGCGACCGUGGCCAUCGGUCCUUACUACCACGGUGAACCCGGCCUGCUGGAGGCGGAGCAGGUGAAGCAUUCGGCUGCCAACCAAUGCAUCAGGGACUCGCCGGUCGCCUCACUCCAGGAGAUGUACAAUGCGGUCUUCGCCGUGUUGCCCGAUGCCCUCAACCUCUACUACCAGGACGAGUUGGCUAAGUUCCGCCACGAUGACCUUUUGCCGAUGAUGUUCAUUGAUGCUUGCUUCUUGGUGCAGUUCAUGCGUUGGUAUUAUCUCCCCGAAGGCGACAUGCAUCAGGCGCUGGAAAGCUAUUUCUCCGCCAACUACGAGCGCAUCUGCACCGACAUCAUGAUGUUGGAGAACCAGAUCCCUUGGGUUGUGGUUAAAACUAUCUUCAACCUCAUGCCGCCAGCGCCCUCGCCCUGGCUCUCCCCCUGGGAGAGGUUCGUCAUUGUGAUGAGAAGGGGCCUGGGAAACCAAGUGGGUCCGGAAGACAACAUCGACGUAGAUCCUGAGUAUCACCCGCCGCAUGUCCUCGGCCUCAUCUGGCACUACAUUGUGCGAAACAACAACCACCACGGCGAUGAUGAUGAUGAGGAGGACGACCACAACAACGAGGAUGACGACAACGACAACGAUAAGGACGACGACGACAAGCAAAAGCCAUUAUCUAUCAGCGUCGCCGAGCUUGCCGCCAUCGGUAUCACGCUGGUACCGACACGGAAGGAAUGGAAAGCAGGGCUAAUGAGCAUGCGCCUAAAAAAGAAACCCCGGUGCUUCUUCGUGUUCGGCGAUCUCGAAGUGCGCCCCCUGUACCUGUCCGAGGGAAAUGCGGCCUGGCUCGUCAACAUGGCGGCCUUCGAGUUAUGCAAGACCCCAGAUUUCCAAUCUGAUCAUGUUCAUGAUAGAGAUUCUGCUGUCUGCUCCUACCUCCACCUCUUCGCCAUGCUGCUGGACCAGCAGCAGGACGUCCAUGAGCUGCAAAAAGAGCAUCUCAUCGAAGGAGGAGGACUCACCAGCAAGAUGACGCUCCAUUUCUUCGCUUCCAUUGGCAAGAACAUGCGCCCCGGAACAUUCUACCUGCGCAUAAUUAUGCGGAUCGAGAAGUUCAGGAACGACAGGUCACGUUUGCUCAGGUGUAUCCUCUUCCUUAAAAGGAAGAGGGCUAAAGUCAUGGCCCUAAUCUCGAUCAUUGCUGCAGUCGUCGGCAUCUUGUCGUCGCUCCAAGCUCUCAAGCCACACUAAGACGUGCCGGACCUGACUGUGGCACUAUUAGUUAGCAUGCAUGUUCUACUUGUAUGCCUCUUACUAUUCGCAGUGUAAAAUUCCUUGUAUCUCAAUCUUAUUUCAAGUGAAAUCCAUUCUAUCUGUAUCA